CCUUUAAUACGGCAAAUGGGCGGGCAAAAAAUAUCCUAUUACACAUCGAUGCUACAGUUCAGAAGGGUAAGUAGGACUGAGAAAGCGAACGACUACAAAGGAAAGAUGGGGAUGAGCACUUGUGUUAUCGUAAUCUUAUCUGCUGUUUUUAUACCACUUGCCUUUUCUGACAAUUGUAUGUCCUACUUUGACAAAUAUAAAAAGUUGCACAGUGAGAAUUACUGCAGUUUUGCUCAGUUCUGCUGUGGUAACUGUGAGAACCGAUAUUGUUGUUACAGUUACUCUGCUAAGUUUGACAAAGAUGCACAAAUGGAAUGCCUCACAAGCUCGACAAUGCCGAUCGUGUCCGGAGUGGUGACUGUUGUGGUCUUCCUCAUCAUCAUCAUCUCGUGCUGCACAUGCUCCUGCUGCUGCCUGCACAAAAUGUGCAGAGGAAGCCCAAGACCGGUCAUUGCAGAUAAUGUAACGACCACUACUACAGUGGUGCAAGUGCCAUAUCCACAGCAGCCUACUGCAGGUCAGACUUACCCUGGAGCACAGUACCCAGCCUACCAGCAAGUGCCAGUCCAGCCACAUUUCGGAAACCCAUCCAUGCCCACAGCGCCCUAUCCCGGUCAGCAGUACCCACCAUUCCACCCACCCCAGGUGUCUGGGCCCCCACCUCACUAUCAAGAAGCUGUCCCAGUUGGUAUGGGAGCCCUUCCUUAUCCCCCAGCCCAGCAGGGAUAUAACCCCAAUCAGCCCUACUGCAACCCUUCGGGGCCUGCCUACAACCCAGACCAGCUGGCCUACAACCCAGACCAGCCGGCCUACAACCCAGCCUACGUAGACCCACACAAGCCAGGCUACUGAAAUGGACAUCUCCAAAUUCCAAACACAUCAUCAAUACUGUUUCUGCUAUCCGUGUAGGAAUAUAGUGACAACAAGAGAACUUUAUGAACAUGUUAUCCUUGGAUGUCUACAACAACAACAAAAUGAUUCCUGUUUUUUUGGAAUAUUUUCUGUUUACUUCUUUUUAUUUGCCUUCUAAAAAAGCACCUCAAAAGUCUUGCUCUCUAGCGAAUUAUUUAAAGUAGACUAGAAAAUAUUGUUUCAUAGAUAGAAGUAUAAAACUGUGUUGGUUUAUUCCAAUUAUUUUUGCAAAAGGGAAUAUAUAUAAAACAGUAAGUCCAAAAUUGUAAUAGAUAGAUAGAAGAUGGAUAGAUAGAUAGAAACACUCCCAUCUUAUAAGGUCCAUUGAUACACACAUUAUUGUGAAGGGGAUAAUACUAGAAAUCAGUGUUUGAAACCGUGCUCCUGUAGAAAUUAUUGAUAUAUGUGACCUUGCAACUUACUCUGAAGUUGUGAUGGUCAGGGAAGAAGCAAAUGUAUGCUAAAAGGUGUCAUGUUUUUUUUUUUGUUCUUUUUUGUUAGUUUUUUUUUAUACACCAACAUUUGAACUGCUAUUGUGAAACAGAAGAUCCCAAAAUAGCUCAUUACCCACAAAUGCUAUACACGCAUACGUUAAUUAUUAUUUUGUUUACCAGCAAGUUGAUUUAUUUUGGUUAACAGUUGUAACAGUGUCGUUAGUUACACUGUAGUGCAACCUGCAGGACGUUGAAAGAACUGCUGUGUAUUUUGUGAGGAUGAUCUUUCUUUCCGUUGUUUCAAGAUCGGGUUUAAUUAGCCUGUUAUGGAUCAUGUUUUCUUCUUCUGCACUGUAUACUCAGGUUUACACAAGCUGGAGACUGGCUGUUAAUUUUUAAAGUUCAAAAACACUUAAUUUCAACUUUUUUAUGGGGAUGACAGAGAAAAAAAAAAAUACAAGGAAUGCCUUGCAGUGUUUAGAUAAUAAAAUGCCACCUGGAUGGAGACACAAUAUCCCAUUCAAGCUUUAUAAUGACUAGCAGGUCUUAAAACAUUACCCGUAAAGAAUGAAUGAAUACUGAAAUAGUUCUCUGUCAGACAUACAUGAACUACUUUUAUAAAGUGCCUUUAUUGUGCAUGCAAUUUCAAUGCUUCUGACUGUAUAUAUAGCUGUUCUUUGUCAUAUUUUCUUGUGUCUGUUUAUUUCAUGAAUACAUCUUUAUAUAGUAAACAGACAAACUUUUUUUUUGCCUCAGUUCUGCAGAGCAAUCUUGUUUUCCUAAAUAAAGUCAUCAUGUCCA